CUCGUGAAACCGAAGGAAACCCUAGACUCGUCUAGUCUCGUCUCUUACGGUAAAAAAUAAAAAUAAAAGAAAACAAAUUUUAUCUUGAAAAUAAUUUUUUAAAAAAUCGACAAAUCUAUUAGGGAUUUAGGUUCAAUUCGAAAUCCCUAGAUUCUAACCCUAGCAUAUACUCGUACUCUUGAUAUCCACGACUCGGCGGAGAAAUUGAUGUUCUUUGAUGCACCGAUCCCGGUGCAAUUUUGGUUUUACAGAUCUGAACCAUGUGUGAUGUGAAUGUGUGGGAGAUUCAGUUUCCCCUGUUUGGAUUGAGAGAUUGUUGAUGGAAAGUAGAAUAGGAAACUCUCAUGGAGCGGAAAUUCCUAAAAGAUCAAGAUCUUUGGAUCUUAAGAGUUUGUAUAAAUCUGGUGAUUCAAAGGAGUCAUCUAAGAAUAGGAGCUUGAAGAGGAAAGAAAGAUCACAAGAAGGUGAUGGUGAGAAGAGGAGUGAUAAUAACUCCAAGAGAAAGAAGAGUAGGAAAUCUCUUCCUCUUAGUAGUUUUAGAACCGUCCAUGAUAGCAAUAGUAGCAAGAGUUUGACUGAAGUGUAUAGUGGUGGGUUCAGUUCGAGUUUGCAUGAUCCAGAAAGCUUGAAGAAGUUGGGUUUUAGUCAGAAAUCAAAAUAUGGUAGCAGUGCUGAUGAUGUUUCAGUUAGUUUGGGUAACAAUGAGAGGAUCCCAAAGCGUAAUCGGCGGUUUGAGGGGCAGGGCAAAUUUGAGGAUGCUCAAGUGUUGAAGUUGGCAGGGCGGUCUAAUAGUAAAGAAGUUGUUAAUGAGGAAGUGAAGUUAACCAGUGAAGAUUCUGGCACUCAGAAUGAGUCUUUGAAGUUUAAACAAGGGAAGAUUAUUGAAGAUCUUAAGGAGAACCGGAACAGUGAGUCAAGUUUGAUUCAGCAUUUGAAGGAAGAAGAUGGUAUUGCUGGUUACUCAGCUGUAAAUGGAGGUGACUCUUUGGUAAAAAAAUCACGGAGGAAGCCUAGGAAGAGGAAGGACUCGAUACAGGGUGAUAAAAGUGUUUCUAACAAGGCUCAGAGUUCAGUAGAGGCUUGUGACGUCUUUCAAGAAGAUGAAGAGAAUCUUGAAGAAAAUGCAGCAAGGAUGUUAUCUUCAAGGUUUAACCCAAGCUGUACUGGCUUUUCUUCAAACGGCAAAGUUUCCGCAUCACCAUCUGAGAAUGGUUUAUCUGUUCUCAUAUCUUUUGGUCAGAGUGCUAGUCCUGGGUCUAAGAAUUUGUCUGGUUCCGAAUCUGCUUCUGUCGAUACUAGGAUAUUGAGACCACGGAAAAGUCAUAAAGGGAAGGCCACCUCAAGGAGAAGGCGUCAUUUUUAUGAAAUUUUCUCUGGAGACUUGGAUGCACAAUGGGUAUUAAACCGAAGAAUCAAGGUGUUCUGGCCUUUGGACAAGAAUUGGUAUUAUGGCCUUGUCUACGGCUAUGAUAAAGAGAAAAAGCUUCAUCAUGUCAAAUAUGAUGACCGUGAUGAGGAAUGGAUUGAUUUACAGAAUGAGAGAAUUAAACUCCUGCUUUUUCCUAGUGAACUUCCUUACAAGUAUCAACGGAAAAGAACUCAGCGAGAUCGAGGUUCUGAUGAUAGAAUCAAGAAUGUAAAGCUCAGAAAAGAGAAGGGUAAGAAAAAAAUCAUUACCGAAGACGACAGUGCUUGGGAGCCAUAUGGUUCUGAGCCCAUCAUCUCUUGGUUGGCUCGUUCCAGUCAUCGUGUCAAAUCAUGCCCUUUGCAUUCUUUUCCUGGUCAACAAUUGUCAUGUGAUGAAGCUGUAGAUGAAAAUGGUUGUCAUUGUGAAGGUUCAUUGAAGGGAAGUAAAGUUAAAUUGUUCAAUGCCACUGCAUUGUCUGACAGACCGGUUGAUAGCAGAAGGGUUGAGGAUUCUUCCUUGGAUAGCACUAGUUACCCCAAUCGAAAACAUCCUAUAGUAUAUUUUAGAAGGCGUUUUCGCAAGACAGAUAAAGUAUCAUGUCAGGCUUCUAGGAGCAAUUGUAUUGGCAGUAAUGUGUCUGAAUUUAUCACCUCCCUCGGUUGUGUUGAUGAAUUUCAGGAUUUGGGUGUACUUGGUGCUUGCAUGGGCCGGUUGGAUCCUGAACUAGAAUUGUUGUUUAGUGAUAAUGCAGGGCAGUUACGAUUGAAUAUUUCAUUGAUUCAUUCAAAACAAUUCAGGUUUGGGUUGAGCUUCCCUGUGCUCUCUGUCUCAAAUAACUUGUUUGGUACAAAUAACCUCUGGCUGGUUCGUACUUUGUUGUUGCUGCAGUGUGGUAUGGUAAUGUCUGUCUGGCCAAUGGUUCAUAUGGAGAUCCUUUUUGUGGAUAAUGAAGUUGGACUGAGGUUUUUCCUGUUUGAAGGUUCCUUGAUACAGGCUAUAGCUUUUGUUUUCCAGGUCCUGAUGGUAUUUUAUCGACCUACUGAGCAGGGGAAGUGCCCUGAUCUGCUAUUGCCUAUAACUUCAAUCAGGUUCAAAUUUUCUUGCUUUCAAGAUCUUAGGAGGCAGGUUGUCUUUGCGUUUUACAACUUCCACGAAGUGAGGCAUUCAAAAUGGAUGUUACUGGACUCUAAACUGAAAAGACAUUGUCUGCUUAAUAGGCAAUUACCUCUGUUCGAGUGCACUUAUGAUAACAUUAAGGCACUUCAGAAUGAAACUGAUGGGCUACAUGGUUCUCCUGCUUUCAUAGACUCAUCAGCGGAGGGUUUAAGGAGGAUAAAGUAUAGGCCGGGCAUCAGCCUUAUGGGUGUCUCCAGAGAGACUAGUUUUCUGGAAGUUGGUCAGUUUUCUGGAAGUUCUGAGGAGCAUAGAAAUCUUCCCCAGUUUGCACUUUCUUUUGGUGCUGCAUCUACAUUCUUUAUUAGUUUGCAUCUUAAGCUACUUAUGGAACGUAGUCUUGCUUGCAUCAGCUUUCGCGAUCGUGACUCCUUUAAGCAACCAGGAAGCUCUGGCAAUUUGUUGUUGGAUGACCGUUCUAGCAGAAAGAACUGUAUGAACAACAAUUCUCGAAGUAGUGUAGAAAAAAAUCUGAAGGCUUCAUUAAAGGAUGUUGCUACUGGUGCUGAGUUAACAACUCUUGAUCUUUCUGCUUGUGGUAAUGUAUGUCUGAAAAAGUCCUCACAGAAGUACAAAAAUGGUGGUCAAAUCAUGGAUGGAACUUCUGCUAAUUCUCAUGAACCUGAAGAAGUUGGAUCCAUAGCCAUUGGUUCAUUUUCGGAAGCAGCAAUGGACAAUUCAGAGCAACUUGUUUUGCCCUCGAAGUCUCCAAUUGAUGGUGAUAAGAAGAAUGCAAGCUGUAGUUCUGUUUUGAAUGGUAUUACGGUUGAGAUUCCUCCCUUUGAUCAAUAUGGAAAGUAUGGUGACAGUGAAUUACCCAAUACUCAACAGCCUACUGAUUUGACUUGGAGUAUGAUUGGUGGUAUUAUCCCAAGUCCUAAUCCUACUGCUCCUAGAAGUACAUGGUAUCGAAAUAGAAGUAGUUCAUCAAUUGGUUAUCAUGCUCAUGGUUGGUCAGAUGGAAAUGCUGAUUUCUUCAACAGUAAUUUUGGAAAUGGACCUAAGAAGCCACGGACUCAGGUAUCAUACUCGAUACCUGUUGGAAGUUUAGAUUACAGCUCAAAAAAUAAAGGCCAGCAGCAGAGAGCCCUUCCUCACAAUCGAAUUAGGAGGGCUAAUGAGAAGAGAUCAUCUGAUGUUUCUACAGGCUCCCAAAGGAACUUGAAGUUAUUAUCUUGUGAUGCAAAUGUAUUAAUUACUAUUGGUGACAGAGGAUGGCGAGUGUGUGGAGUGCAGGUUGUGCUAGAACUUUUUGAUCAUAAUGAAUGGAAGCUGGCUGUGAAAGAAUCGGGGUCUACAAGGUACUCUUACAAGGCAAAUCAGUUCUGGCAGCCUGGAUCUACCAAUCGUUUUACACAUGCUAUGAUGUGGAAAGGGGGGAAAGAUUGGAUCUUGGAGUUCACAGACAGGAGUCAGUGGGCUCUUUUCAAGGAGAUGCAUGAAGAAUGCUACAACCGUAAUGUUCGUGCUGCUGCUGUGAAGAACAUUCCUAUUCCUGGGGUUCGCUUAAUAGAGGAAUAUGAUGAAAAUGCAAUGGAAGUGACAUUUGUUCGCUGUUCUUCAAAGUACUUGCGCCAGGUUGAAAAUGAUGCUGAGAUGGCUUUGGAUCCAUCCCGUGUUUUAUAUGACGUGGAUAGUGAUGACGAACAGUGGAUUUCAGGAAUUCGCAAAUCUUCAGAAAGUGACAUUGACAGUUCUUUGGAAUUUUCUGAUGAAAUGUUUGAGAAGUUUAUGGACAUGUUUGAGAAGGCUGCAUAUACUGAACAGUGCACUCAGUUUACUUCUGAAGAAAUACAAGAGCUCAUGGCUGGAGUCGGCUCCCUGAAAGUAGUCACUGCAAUCUAUGGGCAUUGGCAACAGAAGAGGCAGAGGGUUGGAAUGUCUUUAAUUCGUCAUCUCCAGCCGCCAUUGUGGGAAAGGUACCAACAGCAAGUGAGAGAGUGGGAGCAAGAAAUGUCUAAAGGUAAUCCUAAAUCCAUUGAGAAGCCACACAUGUUUGCUUUCUGUAUGAAACCCAGGGGUUUGGAACUUCUGAAUAAGGGGUCAAAGCAUAGAUCCCAGAGGAGAAUUUCAGUUUCCGGUCAAAGCCAACAUGCCUUGGGAGAUCACGAUGGUUGUCAUUCCUUUGAUGUUGGUAACAUGGGGUAUUUCUCAAUAGGCAGUGAUAGGUUUGAUAAGAAUCACCUCCGGAAACUUCAAAGAACCAAGUCGAAGAAGUAUGGCACUUUUCUGUCAUCAAACGAAGCACAAAUGGUGGAUUCAUACAAUCAGAGGCUAUUUGGCAAUAGAAAUGGAAUCCAUCGAUGGAACAGGGAUUUUCUUGACUGGCCAAGUCAGCGGCAUUACUUGCCUGAUGGUUUUCAAAGACAGGGCCCGGAACAGUGGGAUAAUUCUGAUAUUGAUGAGUUCACGUUGCGUGAUGCAUCUAGUGCAGCCCAGCAUGCACUAAAAAUGGCCAAUUUCAAGAGAGAAAAAGCCCAGAGAUUGCUUUUCAGAGCAGAUCUUGCAAUUCACAAGGCUGUUGUUGCUCUCAUGACUGCAGAGGCAAUUAAAGAAUCUUCCGAGGACUUAAAUGGUGAUGGGUAGAACAACCUGAUGGAACAAGAGUGUUGACUGAAUGAAAUUAGCCAGCACCAUUCAGUUCUGGAGCUGAUGAAAUACGUUAAGGAUCGAACAUUCUUUUCCCCAGAAACGGUGGCCUGGAGUUCACGUUGAUUGAUCAAGAGUAAAAGUGCCAACAUGAAAGCUGUGAGUGGAUGAUAGUUUUUUGCUUCUGCUACACAUAUAGUUGCGGUUCUUAUGUGCCAAUCUUACAGCAUUUCUUGCCUCUGUAUUUUCUUUUCAAUCCCGGCGCAGCUGUUGUUUUGAUUCUUCCGGUAAGUGUAGGGAAUUUUGGGAGGCGAUAUCUGUACAGAAGAUUUCUUUUCUUUUUUUCGUUGAUGACGUCUUAGUUUGCUCGUUUAUUCCUAUUCCUUCCUCUUAGCCUUGAUAUGUCGAUAUCAGAGUAGCAGGUUAGCUCAAAUAAUACAGCAUCAUCUCUUUUGCAAUCAAAUUGAUGUUUACCGUGUGAAUGAAAUUUGGCGCAUUUGAUGGAGUUAUAUGUAUAAAAACAAAGAGCCUAAUCUGAAAUGAGAAACACAAAAUGCUGCAAGUAU